UGCUUCUAAGCCCUUCAUCCAUGAGUAUCCACCGUAUCAUGAUCUAAGAAACAGGGAAAUUUCCUUUUGCAAAUAAAAGUACAAACCGUUCGAUGAUGGUUCCGUCACGUGGUUUAGAGAUCCGCUCAUUUUACUUGAAUAUUGAUGUCGGUUUGUUAUUAGCUUUUGAUAUUUCACUAUGGAAUAAGAUACCUGUUUUUGUUGUUGUUGUUAUUUCAGAAAACUUUGCAUUUCUUUAUAGUUUUAAUAGUGUAUUCCCUAUACAUCGAGGAGUUAUGUCGAUUUUGAAAAUAUAUUUUGGGAUUUCCUUUUGUCUCGGCAUUUUGAUGUAUUUUAAUAAUGUUCUAUAAUUCAAAUCCAAUCUAAAAUAGUAUUCAAAUCAUUGGAAUAAUCAUGACGAUAAAUUAAAAGUAUUUUCCCAAAGCGGAGCGAAUCGUAUUUCACGUUAUUUAAAUAUUAGAAAAGUUUGUCAUCCAGAUAUUCGAAUCGUAAAAAAAAAUAUUGCAGGAAAAGAUUCAAAUCGGAAAUCAGAUUGCGGGAAAGGAUUCGAAUCGUAAAUAUUAUUGCAGAAUAAAAUACUGGAACCGUAUAUCAUGUUGCAUAAAAAAAAAUCGAUGCGUAAUAUAAAACAACUCUGACUUCCACGAAACAGGAGAAAGGUUAUAAGGGAAUAGAGAAUACGAUAAGAGAGUGGCAGGCCUUGAGAGAAGCGGAAGUGAAGCUGAUUUCUCAAUUAAGAUCUCGAGAAGAAGAACUCAAGAAGAAAGCUGAACAACAAAACACUGAACAACAAAAAACGGAAGCGCAACAGAAAACGGAACAGCAGGAGCAGGAAGGCGGAGACUCCCACGGGUCAGAACUUCGCCUGACAAUGGAAGAGGAGCAUGAUGAACCCGUAGGCGCCGCGGAGGGAGCCAAGGAGGACAGACAUAGAUUAAAACGAGGGAAUGAAGAGGGAAUGCUGGCAGUGAGCCUAGAUUAUGAAGGUGCCCUGCAGCAACGAAUCAAGGAAGGCCAAGCAAGAUGGCGAGAGCAGAUUCGGAAAGAGCGAACGGCAGUCCAGCACGAAUCCCACAACUCAUUGGCUGGAGACGAGGACCACGCGUUCGAAUCCCGGGCGAAGAGACUCAAGGCAAGAUACGAGCGGGACCUGAGCGCGUUGGAACUCAGCGAGCGCGAGGCCAGAGCGAGAUACCUGGAAAUGAAAUGCGUUUUGUCGAAAAAGGAGGAGGAAAUUGUUUAUCUCCGCGCUCGCUUACAUUCACAUGAUUUAGAAAUGGCUGAAUUACAUAAUAUGCUCCGGCCUGUUGAUGAAUAACUGCUUGCCUGCAAAUAUAUAUAUACACACACACACAUGUACACAUACACAAACAUGUACACGCACACACACACACACACACAAACAAACACACACACAUACACACACACACACAUAUAUAUAUAUACACACAUACACACAUACAUGUGUGUAUAUAUUUACAUAUAUAUACAUAUAUAGAGAGAUAGAUAGAUAUAUAGAUAUAUAGAACGAUAGAUAGAUGUGUUUGUACUUAUUAUUACUUAUAGUCUACUUCUUGUCAGCCCAUAGAAUCUGAAGUGUAUAUGAAUAUAAGCACAAACACCAUAAACAGAUAUAUAUAUUAUGUAUACAUUUGUUAAGUGUACAAUCAUGCAA